GCACAAAAAGAGGAACAUUGCCUUAAACUUCCCCAAAUUAAGAAUGACAAACCUCAUCCCAUCAAAGAAUUUAAAUUCAUCCGGUUUGCAUUCAAAAAACAAAAAUAGCCGAAAUAUUACCCCCAUCUUCCUGUCGUGCUUGGAUUCAUUCGAAGAAGUCUUCAAAGAACCAUGCUUGGAGGUUAAUCAAUCUUACAUUUCUGCCAUAAAGUGCUUUCGCUUGCUCAUUGAUUUACUACCAAUGGUAGAAAUCUAACGCUAAUGGCUCCAGUUAAUGAUGGGUUUCAUGAUCCCUGCCCACCGUUAUGACAAAAUGAGCCUUUGGAAGCGUUCCAUCCAACGGUUAUUUGCCGUUCGGUUCCUUUUCAACUUGAUCUACAAGGAGCUCCUGGUCUACAUUAUCGUGUAUUUUGUGAUUAACAUCAUCUACCGAUAUGCCAUCAAUCCAGAUCAACAACAGACUUUUGGGAGGAUCGUGCACUAUUUCGAAGAACAAUUGGAUUAUUACGGGCGAGAUCUGACCUUUCUCCUCGGGUUCUAUGUGUCUUUGGCCGCCAAACGGUGGUGGGACCAAUACCAAAGUCUGCCUUGGCCGGAUCAAUUGGCGGUUGUCCUAACGGCUGGCUUCGAAAACGGAACCGGACAAGCUUUGCUGAUCAGACAAACGAUCAUGCGCUACGCCCUUCUCUCCUACGUUCUCUGCCUUCGACGGUUUAGUGACAACUUGUCCGGGAAAUUAGGGCAGAACAAGACUCUUCGCGAAUUAGGCUUGAUCAAGAAGGAUGAAAUGGAACGCAUCGAAAGAAAUGGAUUUGAAAAAACGGAAUACAGAAACCCAUUUGCGUCCAAUUGGUGCUUGCCAUUGGCUUGGGCAACGGAUUUGAUCAGAUUGGCUCGUCAACAAAAUCUCAUCCAUACUGACCGGGAAAUAUUGCGAGAAGUCAUGGCAUUCCAACAUGGAUUACAACAAGUGGAAAACUUUGCCAAUGUUUCAAUUCCAAUCGUGUAUGAAGUUGUUGUAAAUUGUGCCAUUUACCUGUAUUUCAUUUUGAGUUUAGUGGCUGAUCAGAUUCCGUUUACAAAUCAAGACAGUUUUGAUUUGUAUGUGCCCAUUUUCAAAAUAUUCAAGCUCAUUCUUCUGAUGGGUUGGCUCAAAGUGGCUCAAUGUAUUGAAAAACCUUUUGGAGAUGAUGAAUCAGAUAUCGAUAUGUUUGCAUUGGUACAACGCCAUAUAUGGACCACCUCUAUCAUUUUGGAUCAAUACAACAAAUUGCCGGCCCUGCAAUCUAAUAUGUCUUCUCUUUCAACAUCAUUGGCUUCAAGCAUGGAUCCGGAAGAGGCUAAGAAGGACAAAGGUUUUGAUGGGGUCAGUCUGUCAUGGAAAUCGGCUCCCAUCCUAGUGAAAGGCAUGCCCACGUUAACAAAUUAGAUAGUACCUGUUUGUGAGCCAUAAAUGUCUAUUUUGCAUAUUUGCAUGUUUGGGUAUCAAAGCAAUGUGAUAUAAUUGAAAAUGCAACAUGUUUCUCUUUUAAUUUGAAUAGUUUUGAAAGGUAUGGAAAGUCGUAUAUAUAUAAAAAUGUAACCUUUUCCAGUUCAAAAACCUUGCCCAAAGGUUGAUAGUAUUCACGUCAGUUGGUAUGGAAUUGCAAAGACCAUAAGCCCUUUUUCUUGACCAAUGAAAGUCCUAAUAUUUUUUUUUCAUUUUUAUUAGAUUUUUUUGUCACAUUUUAUGGCAGUUUUAGCAAAUGAAUGUUGGACUAAUAAAGUUUGAAUUAAUUGUUGAACAAUGUCCCAAAAUGGCGAACAAUUUUAUUAGUGCAGAGUUGGAAGCACUGCAUAAGCUUCAAACAU